CGUGAUCACCUUUUUCUCCAUCACUUGGGUUACCAGUUUGUUUCUUUACAUUGAUAACCUAAGGAGCCAACUAGCUUGUAUAAUUAACUCUGUAUACAUUGAUCUGGCCCGCCUCAUAGACUUGCUUUGUAAAACUCGAGAAGUCAACAAUUCGUUUGCAACGCUGUUCACCCAACGACGUCUUCUCGCCUACCUAUCCAGGUACCUAGCUCAAUGUCAUGAUCAGAGCACAGCAUCAAAAUCCAGGCUCUUGAAAACCAUACCGAGAGGCUUGUAAAUACCAGGGAGGGUCUUUGAGGGCAAAACCUCCGCCAUGGCUACCGCCGCGACUAGGAUCAGGACCCUGGGCCCGGGGAGCUCGCUGGCGAAGGAAGCCAUGCGAGCGCUGCGUGGCGAGAACCUGACCAGGCACGCCAUGGACGAACGAAACAAGCUGCAGAUUUACCUGUCGACGGAGAAGGACCCCUACCUGAACCUCGCCGCAGAGCAGCACCUUCUCGAGGUCUCCCACCCGUCCUCGACCGUGUUGUUCAUGUACAUCAACCGCCCCAGCGUCAUCAUAGGCCGCAGCCAAAACCCCUGGCUCGAGGUCAACCUGGGACGUCUGGGCUCUGGCCUGCCUCGACUCAGCGCGAAGCAGGACGAGGAGGAAGCGCAGCAGCAUGUGCCCGUCAGCCUGGUACGACGCCGCUCCGGCGGCGGCACCGUGUUCCAUGACCACGGCAACGUGAACUGGAGUGUCAUCUUCCCGACGGCCGAGUUCGACCGAGACCGGCAUGCCGAGAUGGUGGUGCGCGCGCUGCGCGACCGCAUCGGCGUGCCCACGGUCCGGGUCAACGACCGCCACGACAUCGUCAUGGACGUGCCGCGGAAGCCCUUCAGCGAGGAGAACAAGACCUUCAAGGUCUCGGGGUCCGCCUACCGCGUCACCCGCGUGCGCUCGCUGCACCACGGCACCUGCCUCGUCCACUCGCCCUAUGUCGACCAGAUCGGCCCCCUGCUCCGUCCUCCCAUGGCGGGCUCGUAUCUCAAGACCCGCGGCGCCGGCAGCGUGCGCUCGCCCGUUCGUAACGUCAGCGGUGGCACGCAAUUCGACGAGGUCGCGUUCGGCACGCCCUUUUUCCAGGCCAUGGUCAUCGACGAGUUCAAAGAGACGUACAGCCAUCUGUCUGGCCCCGGCAAUGAGCUUGUGUACAGCAUUGGUCCUUCCGUCAUGACCAUCCCAGAUGUUGAAAAGGGGUACAAAGAGCUUACGUCGGCGGCGUGGGUCUACAACCAAACUCCGCAGUUCACAUUCUCGACACACCCUACUGAAAUGGAUCCGAGGAAAAGACCGCCACCGCCAUCAGGCGUGUUACCAACUUUUCAGGCAAACAUGACGAUACGUUACGGCAAGAUAACAGAGUGUAGUUUCAAAGGGCUCGUCUAUGACCGUGAAGACACCGCGGUCAAUGAAGGGCUUCGUGGAAGAGAAUUACACAGCAUCACAGAUUGGAGACAGACAUUAGCUGAACUGUCGCCGGCUCAAGUGCCUAAUAACGCUACAGGCGAUUGGCUGAACAAAGUUUUUGGUAAUACGCCAGAAGAGAAGACGAGUAGUUAACUGCGGAAAAUGAGAAGGGCGUGUGCAUUGAGGAAGACGCUAAUUUUGUAUGACGUUGUAACAUCACCACAUUGUAAUAGAGAUCCAGAUUAGAUAGAAUUGAUAUGACUGUAGACGGGAUAGCAGAGCCUCAGAUCCUUAGGUGGUUAUCUGGAUAUCUUAACUAAACAAAACGGCAGCGCAAAACACAUGAUAAACAUGGG